AUGACAGUACAUCAACUAGUGGGCCAGUAUUACCCUUCCGAUCAGGAACAGCUCCUGCAACAAAUUCAAAAGCUGGAAAGCUUGAUUAUUGAAAAUCACAAAGAAACCAUCAAGGAAUUGAACAAGAUCCGCUGCGAGAACGAUCAAAUAAAACAGUGGCUACUACACCUUGAAUCGACAGCCACCACGCCAAUCGCCUCUCCAGCCACUUCCUCCUCCUCUUCCGAUCCUAUCUCUAACGCUACAGAGCCAGAGCCAAAAUCCGAAAUAUUCAGCCGCUCAGCUGUUACAUCGACAAGAAAGGCGCCGGCAAUACCAUCGUCACCAUUUCCAGUUCUACGAUCAAUGACAAGGACAUACAAAGCAAAUAAAAAACUCCGAACGCGCCAUCAAAUACCUUCUUUUGCAUCCUCAUCUUCUUCCAGCGAUAGUAGCGACGAGAAAGGCCCCGAGCAAGAAGAAACUAGAAGCGAUGUUGAAGACCCGUCGAGCAACGAGUCAUAUGUUCCAGAAAAGGAUGACGGAAGCAGCGACAGUAGUCUCGAUACGGACGACAGUGAAUUGCAUCCACACACCCAACGAGACGCUGCUGCACUAUCGUCGCAAUUAUCAAUUAUAACUCGUAGCCAAGUUAAAUUCGGACGAGGACGCCCACGAAAACAAGUCACAGAAGACGAAGAAGAAGUGCAGCCACGGAAGAAAACGGCAACGGCCAGAAGAGGAACACGAACUUCGUUGCGACGCAACAGCCAAGAGGCGAUAUUGACAGAAAAUGAAGUGGACGAAGCUGGCAACGACGGCGAUAUUCCUAUCUAUAAUUUGAACAAAGAAAUCACGUCGGUCAAAGAUGUAUGGCGCGAGUGGACCGACGGCGUGACCGACGAUGAGCCAGCUGUUAAAGAGUUAGAAAAACAGUAUGGCGACUCUUGGCGGAAAGAUAAAGACAACAAUAACUUGUUCUUAAAGGUACGACUACCAAUCAUUAAUGAAAUCAACUUAAUGAUGCGAUACGGCAAAGACACAACGGAUGUGGACGCUGUGCGUCGACUGGAUGCUCACCGCAUGGGUAAAGCCCUUAAUUUGGCCGACUUGGCAAAACGAAUCAAGGCUCAUAGUAUCAUAAGUCAAGAACGCGGUGUUGCACCAGUACCAUUUAUCGACUAA